AUGCAUUCGGACCUUGUGGACCGCAUCAACGGGCUGGCACAAAAUGCCCGUGUGCAACAUGGAAAAGAGGCACCAGCAGCUGUGCUUGGGUGGAUGGCGACGUUUAGGACCUGGUGUGCGGCAAACGGGUUCGAGUACAUGCUCUGGGACAACAACAAUAUCCGCAGUGUGCUAACGGAGAACAGUGCAGUAUUUGACGCUGAACCACAGUACUGUGGUAAGGCAGACGUUGCGCGGCUUGAGAUCUUGUACAAGUAUGGCGGCAUCUACAUUGACAGCGACAUGGUGGAUCUGGGCAAGGACUUUGGGCCUUUUGUAGGACAAGAGAAGGAGAAUGCCCGGGGGCUCGCAAAUAGUGUGAUUGGGAGCUCGCGCGGCAACCUGAUCACCUACACGCUGCUGAAGCUGCAACCUAUGUUCUUCUGGGGGUGCCCUACGGCUCAUCCAUUUGAGAGGACUGGGCCGCUAAUGUUUGACCAUGUACUGUACAGCAUAUUUUCGCACAUUACCAUAUUCCCGUUCUAUGUAUUCUUCCCUUUCUUCUGGGGUCAUACGCCAGGACAGGCAGCCCACAAGCCCAUGACGGUGGCCGAGUACAACACCGCGUACCCCCUGUCGUUUACCGUGCAGUGUGGAUACAGUACCAACAACCUUGAGACCACGCUUGUAUAG